CGUCAUCUACUAGCGUCCGUCGGUAGCAUUAGACCGUCUGAGAACAUCAUCCCACACACCUUCAGAUCGGCCAGUCAUCUUAUAAACCUCGUUCCCUUCUGACUACUUUAUCUUCCUCCCCAUCCCCAACCUGCAUUCCCGUACCACCUUCAACCGCCCAUCUCUACCAUCAAACAUCUAUUACAAUCAUCGACAUCCACGCCGACUCGACAUCAACAAAGCUCCAUUGAAGGAUAACAUCAUUAGUCUUCAACGCAACCAAGACCAAAACCGUCGUCUACCUUAUCGACAUUUUCGAUCAUCAUGUCUAACAUGCCCGACCAACGGAGAGGCCCCUGGUCAGCAGGGGAGGAUCAGCGACUCAUCAAGUUGGUCAAGGACCUAGGACCGGGAAACUGGGUCAACGUUGCCCGCAUUCUCGGAACCAGAACCCCCAAGCAGUGCCGAGAGCGAUGGCACCAAAACCUGAAGCCAGGGCUGAACCACGGACCUAUGACACAGGAAGAGGCCGCUAUCAUCGUUAGAGAGGUAGAUCUGAAGGGGCCUCGCUGGGCAGACAUUGCCAGGAAGCUCCAGGGCCGCAGCGACAACGCAGUCAAGAACUAUUGGAACGGCCUCAACAACCGCAAAAAGAACCAGCUUAGGAGACAGAGUGCACCAAGACGCGUUUCUGCCUCCGAUGUUCUAAGAAGCAGCCCCGGUCAACCGCCGAGAGCGCACAUGCAGCGCCCCAUCAGAUACCCUCAGGACAUCUACACGGGAUCUAGGAGGCCAUCCAGUCCCAGUAGCUUCAAUGACAGCCUUCAUCACCGCGUCCAUGAGUCCAUCGAGUGGUUCCCUUCUAGGCCACAGCAGCAGCAGCAGCAGCAGCAGCAGCAGCAACAGGCUCGAUGCACUACGCCCUUCACAUCUUUUUUCCCUCCAUCACAUGCCUUCCCCACUACCGAUGGAUAUCAAGAUGGAAGCGAUUGCCCAAAUGGAAACACUCUGCGGCUCUUGACACCACCCACAUCAAGGCGACUUGCCCCAUUCAGCACCUUGCCCUCUCCUACUACCUCAUCCAUCGGAGACUUGGAUGAGUUUGAUCGCCGACAGCUAGCAGCAUUCGCACCACCUGCGGCCUACCGUCGUCCCAGUCUUCCUUUCCCUCAGCAAUCAUCAAUGGGAUACUUCCCUUCUGCCACCGAGUACCUUCCCACGGCACCUAGCUCGCCUAUUGCCUUGGUUCAACGAGACGAGAAAAACCAUGCCAGGAUUCCUGUCACAAGCCUCUUGUGCUCUUGAACAGGUGGACCAAAAUACCAACUAUCUCUCACCUACGAAGAUCAUAAUAACCCGAAAGCCGAAGGCUAACGGGGGCGGGUCGAACUGGUCAUAAUCACAUAUGAUCAGAACAGCGUACAGCAU